GUCCACGUCGAGGUCCAGCAGCUCACCGCACGCAUCGCCCACCCGCACCUCGCCCGCCGUCCGCCUCCCCCGCGCAGCCUCCCGCGCUCUUCCCACCAGUCCCGGGCGGCGGCCCAGCCACCUCGCAAUGGCCUCCCUCAAGCAAUUCAUCCGCAAUGUGCGCGCCGCAAAGACCAUCGCCGACGAGCGCGCCGUCGUGCAGAAGGAGAGCGCUGCCAUCCGCGCCAGCUUCCGCGAGGAGAGCCACGACUCCAACGUGCGGCGGAACAAUGUCGCGAAGCUGCUGUACCUGUUCACCCUGGGCGAGCGCACGCACUUUGGCCAGAUCGAGUGCCUGAAGCUGCUGGCCUCGCCGCGCUUCGCAGACAAGCGCCUCGGCUACCUGGGCACCAUGCUGCUGCUGGACGAGAACCAGGAGGUGCUGACCCUGGUCACCAACUCGCUGAAGAACGACCUCAACCACGCCAACCAGUACACCGUCGGGCUCGCCCUGUGCACCCUCGGCAACAUCGCCUCCGUCGAGAUGUCGCGUGACCUGUUCCCCGAGGUCGAGACCAUCAUCGCGAGCGCAAACCCCUACAUCCGCCGCAAGGCCGCCCUGUGCGCCAUGAAGAUCUGCCGCAAGGUCCCCGACCUGCAGGAGCACUUCCUGGACAAGGCCAAGCUGCUGCUGCAGGACCGCAACCACGGCGUGCUGCUGUGCGGCCUGACCUUCAUCACCAGCCUGUGCGAGGCCGACGAGGCCGACGACGACGAGAACGGCAUCAGGGACAUCUUCCGGCCCCAGGUGCCGGGGCUCGUCAAGACCCUCAAGGGCCUCUCCUCGUCCGGCUAUGCGCCCGAGCACGACGUCACCGGCAUCACCGACCCGUUCGUGCAGUGCAAGAUCCUGCAGCUGCUACGCGUCCUGGCCCGCGGCGACGCCCAAGUCAGCGAGCAGAUCAACGACAUCCUCGCCCAGGUUGCUACCAACACAGACUCGUCCAAGAACGUCGGCAACUCCAUCCUCUACGAGGCCGUGCUGACCAUCCUCGACAUCGAGGCCGACUCGGGCCUGCGCGUGCUCGGCGUCAACAUCCUCGGAAAGUUCCUCUCCAACAGAGACAACAACAUACGAUACGUUGCGCUCAACACCCUCAACAAGGUCGUCGCAGUCGAGCCAAACGCCGUCCAGCGACACCGCAACACCAUCCUCGACUGUCUGCGCGACCCCGACAUCAGCAUCCGCAGACGCGCCCUCGACCUUAGCUUCACCCUCAUCAACGAGAGCAACGUGCGCGUGCUGAUUCGCGAACUGCUUGCCUUCCUCGAAGUCGCCGACAACGAGUUCAAGCCUGUGAUGACGUCGCAGAUUGGAAUCGCAGCCGACAGAUUCGCCCCGAACAAGAGAUGGCACGUCGACACCAUGCUUCGCGUGCUGAAACUGGCUGGCCACUAUGUCAAGGAGCAGAUCCUGUCAUCCUUUGUUCGACUGAUUGCAACCACCACCGACCUCCAGACCUACUCUGUACAAAAGCUCUACGCCGCAUUGAAGGAGGACAUCACACAGGAGGGGUUAAUCUUGGCCGGGUCCUGGGUUAUCGGAGAGUAUGGUGACGCACUCCUACGGGGAGGACAGUACGAAGAGGAGGAGCUGGUGCAGGAGGUGAGCGAGAGCGACAUUGUCGACCUCUUCGAGACCAUCCUGAACAGCAGCUACGCGGGCCUUGUCGUCCAGCAAUACAUCAUCACAGCCUCGAUAAAACUGACGACACGACUCAGCGACCCCGCCCAGGUCGAGCGCCUGCGCAGAAUGCUGCAGAGAUACGGCUCCAACCUCGACAUUGAGAGCCAGCAGCGCGCGGUCGAGUACACCAACCUCUUUGGAUUCGAUGCGGUGAGGAAGGGAGUGCUCGAGAAGAUGCCGCCUCCGGAGAUCCGCGAGGAGCAGCGUGUGCUGGGUGAGGCCACCAAGAAGCGGCAGUCUCGCGUUAUCAAGAAGAAACCUGCCCAGGCAGCGACCGAGGAUCUGCUCCUCGACCUCAUGGGCGACUCCGGCGCGCCAGACACAAAUGGCGCUGCAUCGCAGAACCACGACCUCCUCGCAGACAUCCUCGGCGGCGGCGGAGCGACAUCGCCGCCGCCCCAGACGACGUCCCCCCCGCAGUCGAACGUCGCCAACAUCAUGGACCUGUUCAACAGCGGCCCGUCAAGCUCACCAGCGCCCCAGUCACGACCGCCCCCACAAGCCUCAAACGACCUCCUCGGCGGGCUAGGCGGCAUGUCGUCCCCGCCACCCCCGGCCCCCGCCGGCCCGCCCGCGCACCCCGUGUACAACAAGAACAACCUCGCCAUCACCUUCCAGCUCAAGCGCGACGCCACCGCCGUGCAGCUGCUCGCGCGCUUCCGCAACACGGGCGCCACCCCGCUCGCCGCCGUCAACCUGCAGGCCGCCGUCCCCAAGAGCCAGAAGCUGCAGCUGCAGCCCAUCAGCGCCGCCGAGCUCGCGCCCGGCCAGGACGCCACGCAGCAGAUGCGGGUCACGUCCGUCAACGGGGCCCCGCCCGCGCGCCUCAGACUCAGACUCAAGCUCGGAUAUGCGGGCGCCGCCGGUCCGGCGCAGGAACAGGUCGAUUGGGCCGAGCCUACAUAGCGCGCGGAGGUGUGCGGAGGUGUAGACGGUGUAGACAAUGGAAUGAUGAGCUGCUGAUGCUCUGCUUGCAUGUGGUGAAGACGUGCGUGAGACAUGUGUGAAGCCAAGUCCUGUCCAGCCAUGCGUGAAGUCAUGCGUAAAGUGAACCCGCAUGGCGUGAACCCAUGCGUGAACCCAUGCGCAAAGUGAACCCUUGCACGUCGUCCAGAUAAGCACCCAGCCACCCGCCGAUCACCGCCCCAAGCGGCGCUUUUCUCGGCCCACUCCACUCCGCAUCUUCUUAGUUCCUAUAGGGUUUCCCCGCAUCCUACACAGUAUGGAAGUGUGCAGGGGCUGGCACACCAC